CAAAAACAGCUGUUUGUGCGCCCUUGACGGAGGUGCUUGUGUGACAAUGACUUAGGUUAUGUUAUUAAUUUGCAAAAUAUAACUAAUGGACACUAUAACAAAAACUAAUAGUGCCAGUGAAAAUAAGUGUUCUUUAAAAUUAGUUCUGUGCGUAUACAAUCAUGGUCAUUCAUCCACCAUUUAUUUAUUAAGUUUGCGAUAUGUUGCGCUAUAAGCCAUUUGUUUUUAUUUCUAUGAAUACGCAUCGCUUAAAGACGUAUAACACAGAACUAACUAAACCCAGUGUGUGCUAGUUAAUAUAUAGUGAUACUGAUGUGCGUAAAUAGAAGAAAAGUAUUUAUAUUUGAAUAAAUCAAGACAAAAUGAGAAACGGCAAUCGCCCUAGCAAAGAUGAAGAAAAAGAGGAAUUGAAUCCCGAAAAAAAUGGAUGGGCACGAGUGCGUCCAAGCCAACAGUUCAACGUCGUGCGACGUGUGUACCAACAGGACGCGCUGAACGAAGACGCAGACUACCACGAGCCUGUUCGACCAUGGAAAUACCACGUCAAAAAGUGCAUCCGCGACUGUGGCAUUGCAAAAUGCAUCUGUGGCGUCCUUCCCAUAAUAGACUGGCUUCCCAAGUACAAGAUCAAGGAGUACACGAUUGGGGACUUGACUGCUGGAGCGACUACUGCCGUCAUGCAUAUCCCUCAGGGAAUGGCAUACGCGAUGCUAGCGGAAGUGGCCCCAGUAGCGGGUCUGUACAUGGCGUUCUUCCCAGUUCUGAUCUACGUUCUGUUCGGGACCUCACCGCACAUCUCGUUGGGGACCUUCGCUGUGGCCUGUCUUAUGUCUGGAAAGGUUGUGAGCACUUACGCGAGGAUGCCAGAAAUGGACAAUAUUAGUAAUAUUACAAAUGUAACGAAUGUUGUUACAGAUUCAGGAAGCGGACCAAUGGAGUACACUCCAGAGCAAGUUCUCAGCGUGUUAUGUCUAACUGUCGGUAUUAUGCAGACUUGUAUGUGGAUAUUUCGACUUGGAGCGGUAUCGACCCUACUCUCCGAGCCGCUGGUGUCCGGGUUCACGACCGGCGCCGCCUUCAUCGUGAUCGCCUCGCAGCUCAAGGACCUGUUCGGCAUCAGGAUACCCAAGUUGUCGGGGAACCAUAAAAUCGUGCUUACAGUGAUAGAGGUGUCAAAAGCGCUGCCGAACACCAACGUGGCGGCCGUCACCAUCUCCUUCGUGGUGUGUCUCGUGAUAGCCCUCAACAACGAGCUGUUCAAGCCAUGGGUAGCAAAACGCUGCCGCGUGCCGGUGCCCAUCGAGCUGCUGGCCAUCGUUGUCGGAACACUCGUCACCAAAUUUAGCGGGUUGAAAGAAAAGUUCGGGAUAGCACUCGUCGGGGAGAUACCUACUGGAUUGCCCACACCGUUUGUACCGCCUUUGGAACUCAUGCCAUCAGUAGCGGUAGACUCGAUCACCAUAACCAUGGUGACCUACACUAUAUCCAUGUCCAUGGCACUCAUAUUUGCGGCCAGAGACAAGUAUGAGGUGGAUUCCAAUCAAGAGCUAUUGGCGCUGGGUGCCAGCAAUGUAAUGGGCUCAUUUUUCUGCUGCGCACCGAUUUGCGCGAGUCUUUCGAGAUCUUACAUACAAUACCAGGCAGGUGCCAAAACCAAUCUGACGCAAGUAGUGAGCGCGACGCUGAUAUUGUGCGUCCUGCUCUUCUUGGGACCGUUCUUUGAGGACCUGCCCCGCUGCGUGCUCGCCUCGAUUAUUGUGGUGUCUCUAAAGGGAAUGUUAUUGCAAGUUUUGGACCUUAAAAGGUUCUGCUAUCUGAGUAAAUUGGACGCAGCCGUCUGGCUUAUAACCUUCCUCAUCACUACUCUCGUCAACAUCGAUUAUGGGUUAGUAGCAGGUCUGUUAGCAAGUGUGGGAGCGCUGUUCAUUCGGUCUCAGAAACCGUAUACCUGCCUGCUGGGACGAGUGCUGGAGACAGACCUUUACCUGGAUAUCAAGCGGUACCGAGCCGCCGAAGAGUUCCCCGGAAUCAAGAUAUUCCACUACUGCGGGGGCCUCAACUUCGCCACCAAGAACCUUUUCCGGGAAACACUCUUCCGCAAAGUUGGCUAUAUGAAGCCUAUCGAACUCGUACCAGAGGACCAUGACAGCAACAAUGGGACCUUGAGCAAGAGCGAGAGCUAUGUAUGGGACCCCACUAUUGGGAAGAAGGUCCACUGCGUGAUAAUAGACGCAUCUGCGCUUUCGUACGUGGACGCACCGGGAGUCAAGACGCUAGUAGUAGUGUCGAAAGAGUUGGAGGCCAGUAACAUUAUGGUGCUGCUAGCGGGAGCCAAUGGUCCAAUGUUAGAAAUGAUCAACCGCUACAACGACCUGGAGACCACCAACCAGCUCCGUAUCGACACCUUCCCCACGGUCCACGACGCCGUGGUCUACUACAAAGUACUCGAAGCUAAGAGGGGGGACGACACAGUUCCUGUCACAAUUAAUGGGUGACCUUACUAACACGAGUAGAGGUAGUGUUAAAUUCGGGACUUUGUUCCUGUUUUAUUUGUGAUAGUAACUGGACCAAUAUCUUUGUUUUGUUCUUUAGAAUGAAAAAGCAAUCGUCCUGGAGAUUUCUAUUAUUACAGUUACUGAAUAUAACUAAAACUAGAGAUUAAGGUUUGCGCUCUUCAGAUACUCCUAUUACCAAUUUAUAGAAAAGCCAAUCCUCCUCAAAAGUUUGCCAGUUUCUAGGGUCUAGCUGGACUCGAAUUUUGUGUCAAUAAACUUCUUUGUCUUCUAAGUGCCUCAAUAUCUGUAAGCUACAUGCUUUGUUGAGAGAACCAUGAAUUUAAAUAAACUGACGAGUACAGGAAUGGUUAAAUUCUUGAAUUACGAGUAGGUAAAAUUAUAUUCGGUCGAAAUGUAAUUGGUGCCGAUUGAUAAUUUUUUAUUUUUGUCAUAAAUAAAAAAUGAAAAUUUGAUAUAUUUUUAUACCAGUAAGUUAUGAAAUAUACUGGAAUAUCUAACAUAUAGAAAAUACAGAUAGUUCUUGUCUAGAAUCAUGUUUUAAUUGUAUUGUAAUGCAAAAAUAAGUGAUACAAUUCCUGGACAGUAAAAUAAAAUAAGAAAAUUAUUUUGAUUUUGAUAGUAUUUUGUUAGCUUAAAUACAAAUAGGUUUGACCGGAAAGAGUUACAUAUAAACUAUAUUCUUACUUACUUACUCCGUUGGCCCAGCGACCAAAAAUGAGACUUGGCCUCCGACACAAGACAGCGCCACUUUUCUCGAUCCUGUGCGACCUCUCGCCAAUUGGUGACUCGAAGCUCGCGCAGAUCCGCCUCCACCCUGUCGCACCAGCGAUACCUGGGGCGUCCAAUAGGACGUCUUCUUGCUGGGCGGCCCAGAUAUGCUCUUUUCACGUUCCGAUCCUCAUCCAUUCUCUCAAGAUGGCCCAACCAACGGAGUCUGUGAGCUUAAACUAUAUUCAUUUGAUAAAAAAAAUCGCGAUAUAUUUGUGCUAAAAGUGUAGUUUUGUAUUUAAAUUAUUGAUAAGUAGCUCCGUCCGGCUGUAAGUAAAUUUAGGUUUAAAGUUUAACGAGCAAUAUUUAUUAUAAUCAAAUUAUAAAAUAAGUGUGAUUUUAGAUACUAUUCUCAACUUAGUUGACAUUUGGUAAACCAGUUUCAACUUCCAAACCAUUUAUCAUCUCAUUAUAACAAAAGAAGCUAAUUUCUAGUAAAUAAAAUAAGACUAGUAUUCGAGUCCUUAAUAGAUUGUUUAAUUUUAGAAAUGAGUUUCCUCUUCUACACUUAUUUUUUAUUAGUUAGAGCAGAAGGGACACUUUUUGACAUAACAUGUUUUAUACAUCGAGGUAAAGCCUGUGCCAUAGACAAUAAAAUACAGUAGAAAUUAUGUAUAAGAGAACAGAGAAAUACAAUUACAGCCACAUAUAAUCUAUCUUUUUAAAUUGUAGUUCUUUUUAUUUAUUUCUCACUUGCGUAUUGGCUAAAAUCUCAUUUUCGAUGGUAUUUACACCGUCGCUAUUAAAAGUUAAAACGAAUGUCCCUUUUGCUUUAUGUUUUGACCGUCCUCGUAUCUGUUCUACAAGCAUAUCUCGGCUGUGUUAGUGAUAAGUUCUGCCGGUCAAAAAUUCAAAUGGUGCUUUUUCAAUGCUGAUGUUUAUAAAAAUAUACUAUUACUGUUUUAGUCAUCCCAUACUUGGUCUUUUUUAAUUAAUCGACUAUUGGUUAGAACAAAGUUAUAUUAAGUACUGGCCAAGAGGACACUAACGCGUAAAGCGGUACAACAUAUUGUAGCUGCAGUUUUGACAGCUAAAGUAAAUGGCGUUAAUGCUCUUAUUUGAGACCCAUAUACUUUAGCUGGCGGCUAUAAUGUGAAAGUCUAAAGUAUUGUCAAUUACUAGAGAGCAGUUACAAUUUGGUGCCGUGACCAGGAUUAUUAUAUUUAAGACGAAAGGGAACGACCGCCCCGAAAUAGCUUUUUCAUACAAACGAAGUCCUCAUUUUCCUCUCUGGAUAUUAACAUUAUUCAACGUAUUUUAAAACAAUUUGAUUAAUUUAAUCAUAGCUAUAGGUCGGGCCGUUUCAUUUCUUUGGAUUUUUUUAUUAUUAUAAGUUAGCAUUUAAAACUUCGUAUGAAACUUGUUUUUCGCUCCUAACUUUUAUAAUAAUAAAUAAAAAACGAAAAACAUCAAACGGUCGGGUAUAGCUAUGACUAAAAUACAUGAAAUUUUGUAAAAAUAUUUACCAUGAUGUCAAUAUCCAGGGAGGAAGGAUUUUGUCUGUCGAAUGAGGUGACUGAAGACCAUGUAGCUAGUUUCAUACUUGAGUGAGUUGAGAGUACUUACUAGGUACGGAUUGGGGCAACUUUACAUUACUGUGUAUUAAAAAUGAAAGUCAGUGGGAAAAAAUUGCUCUAACGGGUAUAAAACAUACUAAUCUAAAAACACAACUGUAAGGAUUACGGGCACUUCCGUUGGGUGUAUUCCCAUUUGUCCCCGCCUGGAACAGAUGGAUACACCUUCUGUUGUUCUGUUGCCAGUUCGGCAGGGCAAGUGCACCCGCGGUAAGAGUUGUGCUUAGAGAAAAAAAAUAUUAUCUCAUCUCACCUGACACAACUGAUUUUACAGAACAAAAUAUAAUUAAGUUAGUUACUCAGAAAAGUAAAAUUGCCCCUUCGGUACCUACAUAAAUUUUUUGGUAAUUUACAUGUAUUUUAAGAGAAUGCUAGUGUUAUUUGAUUCGAUGAAUUUAUUUAUAGAUAUUGUUAAUUUUAGAUUGAACAUUGUGAUUGUGAUACUUAGUACCUAAUUGUUUGUACUUAUGUAAUAAAUAUGUUGAAUUACCAUUUACAUUUUUAUU